GCUCUCCUGAACCGAAUGGCGGACGGGGGUGGUGCGGCCGGCGCGGCGUCACUUCCGGGGCACGCGCAGUGCGUGCGCGGGGCGGGAGGCCGGAAGGUUCCAGAGGGCCGCGGGAGCCGCCGCCGCUGGGGCGCCGCCGCACGCGACAUGGCUGCAGCGCGCGAGGAGUUACAGAAAGAUUUGCAAGAGGUUAACGAAUUGCUUACGAAAGCCACGAGGAAGCGACUUCGUGAUGUCCUGAUGACAGAGAAACACAAGCUGGAGCUCGAAAUCAAGAAUCAGCCUCCGCCGAAGCCAAAAGAUGUGGUGGAAGAAGAAAAGUCAUCACUGGGAGGGUAUACAGUGAAAAUAAACAAUUAUGCUUGGGAUCAGUCAGAUAAGUUUAUUAAGAUUUACAUCUCUUUAAAUGGAGUCCAGAAGCUUCCGGCUGAGAAUGUGCAGGUGAAUUUCACGGAGAGGUCGUUUGAUCUGCUAGUGAAGAAUCUGAAUGGAAAGAACUACACCAUGACCUUCAACAACCUCCUGAAACCCAUCUCUGUGGAAGGCAGCUCUAGAAAGAUAAAGACAGACACGGUCCUUGUGAUGUGUAGGAAGAAGCAGGAGGAAAAAUGGGAGUGUCUCACUCAAGUGGAAAAAGAAAGCAAAGAGAAAGAGAAGGCUGCUUAUGACACCUCAGAUCCCAGUGAAGGGCUUAUGAACCUUUUAAAGAAGAUGUAUGCAGAAGGGGAUGACGAAAUGAAGCGCACCAUCAACAAGGCCUGGGUUGAAAGCAGAGAAAAGCAAUCCAAAGGGGACAUACCGAUGGAUAUUUGAAAGUACUCUAAGGGCUGCCUUAAUACUGAUCUUCCAUGUGAGACAUGCUGCGCUGCAAAGAUCAUUGUUUACACAGCCUUCUUCCAAGCAAAGAGAGUCAUUUCCCAUUGCAGGUUGGAGAAAAUAUUUAAAUAAAAUAGCUUAUCAAGCAUUUCCUUCAGUCAAGUGAUUCACCAUUUCCUGAAGAGUGGAGUGUAGGUAUAUCCUUACCCCUCCUUGAAAAAGCAUCUCAGAUGAAUGGGAGUGUCGUGAAACUGAGAACAGAAUGUAAAAGAAAAGGAGUCCUAAACUAGAAAUGGGUCAUGGCCCCUCUGUUGCAAGUAACAGUUGUACCCAUCUGGUCACUGGGUUUAAUGUCACACUUGAUACAUAGGGUGUGCUUUUUUUUUUUGAAGUAGAUGUGGGGAGGUAUUUUGAACUGUAAAGCAUGUCACAAAAGGAGAAAUGUUGAAGUAGAACCACUAUCUCAAGCACUCGCUAGUUGAGCAGAAGCAAUACGGUAUUAAUCCUGUGGUAUUAAAAUGUAAUGAUUACUCUCAGAAAUUAAUUACUGGCUGUUUAGCCGGUUUCAUUUUGAAAAUGAAAACAGCUCUUUAGUGAAAUGCUGUGACCUCCCUGGGGUGUCUUUGCGAUGGCAUCAGUCGCAGGAGGGCAGUGAGCUGCUGAUGCUGGACAGUGAGUUCACCCUGGCUCUUGCAGUGUAUGAGCAAAAAGAGACAACCUCUACUUUUUCUAUCAACUCUCACAGGUUUUAAGGUAACAGAGUACGAAGUGUAUUGAGACAGCUUAUAGUCCAAAAUUUGACUCAGCUGGGGGUGAUGGGUUGCUGUCAGUGUGCUGCCUGUGUGUCUUUUCUCAGGUGGUAGCAGUUCUGGCAUUUACUGCAGCUCUGCUGCUGGGGAGGGGACAGAGUAGCUGUUUCCCCUCCAUGGCCCUGCUUUGAAGAAGAGGACAGGGCAAACAUGAGCUUGGCAGCAGGCUUCUUGUUAAUUUUUUCCCUCCUGCAUCCCUCUCAUGUCUCUCCCAAGGACCGAUUUGUUUGACGUUACCUAAUGAAUUAAGGAAGCCGUUACUCCUAUUAUGGUCUGGACUAGGAUUUAUUUGCUACCUUGUUCUUGAAGCACUGGACCAAGCACUGCACUACAAGCAGAAGUUAAAUAUCAGCACAUUGUAGUUUCUAAUAAGUCCUUUAUCCACUUUGUCUGCUAAGUCUGCAUAGCAAGAGUAUUUAAACUUGAGGCCAUGUUUUAUUUUCCGUUUGUGUUGAUCCUUGUUCAUGGCAGAAUACUACUUUACCCUGUUGUACAAUUUCAUUUGUGCUUUUACCCAAAUUACCGUGGUAAACUUACCGUAUGGUGGCAAAAAAAAUGCUUAAACAAGC